AUGGUUUGGUGGGAAGGUACGGUUUGGUGGGAGGAUAGGGAUGGAGGGAGGGCACAGGUACGGUUUGGUGGGAGGUUAGGGAUGGAGGGAGGGUACAGGGAUGGAGGGAGGGCACAGGUACGGUUUGGUGGGAGGUUAGGGAUGGAGGGAGGGUACAG